UGAAAAGAUAGUGGAAGGUGAUGAAGAGAAAAAGAAUGAGAAAGAAAGUAAAUAAAAAACAAAUUUAAAUAGAAAAUACACAUGUUAAAUAUAGAUCGGUGUGUGUAUUUCACCGCACACAAUAAAUCUGAAUAUUGCAGUUUAGGGUGCAAUUAAUAUCACUUUGAAAUAGUGUAGGGGGUAACAGGACCAGUGAAAUAUAAGUGAGUAGUUGGAAAUCCGGUAAAAGAACCUUUAUUUAAAUUGCACAUCUUCAAUCUAUUCUAGCAAACUUAAACACAUAACACUUCUUAAUAUAUCUCAACUUCAUGGAGUUCUCUAAGAUUUUAGUUUCAUUUUUUGCUCUUCAAUUCUUACUUUUUCUAUCAUCAAUUUAUGCAGCACCUGGAAAUUCCAAUAUUUUCAGGGAAUACAUUGGAGCAGAGUUCAAAAAUGUCAAGUUUAGUGAUGUCCCUAUUCACUCUGGCGUUGAAUUUCACUUCAUUCUUUCCUUUGCCAUUGACUACACAACAUCUUCUUCUUCUCCAUCUCCCACGAACGGUCAAUUCAACAUCUUCUGGGAUACAGAUAACCUUACCCCUUCAGCUGUUUCCACGAUUAAAGACCGACAUUCUAAUGUUAAAGUAGCGUUGAGCUUAGGAGGGGACAGUGUUGGAGGAAGCAGCGCCUAUUUCAAUCCUUCUUCAGUUGAUUCUUGGGUUUCGAAUGCUGUCUCUUCUCUUACAGAUAUCAUUAAACAAUACAAUUUGGAUGGAAUCGAUAUCGACUAUGAACAUUUCCAAGCUGACCCUGACACCUUUGCAGAAUGCAUAGGCAAGCUAAUUAAAACUCUGAAAAACAAGAGAGUUAUUUCAUUUGCCUCCAUAGCUCCGUUUGAUGAUGAUGAAGUUCAGAGUCAUUACAAGUCGCUGUGGAAAAGCUACGGUCACCUUAUAGACUAUGUUAACUUUCAAUUUUACGCAUAUGAUAAGGGAACGACUGUGACUCAAUUCAUGGACUAUUUUUCCACUCAAAGAUCUAAUUAUGAAGGGGGAAGGAUCUUGGCUAGCUUCGGUACGGAUGGGAGUGGUGGAUUAUCUCCAGAAAACGGAUUUUUCACAGCGUGUAGUAAGCUUAAAAGUAAAGGAGAGUUGUCUGGAAUAUUUGUGUGGAGUGCUGAUGAUUCAAAAUCAAAUGGUUUCAAGUAUGAGAAGCAAUCACAAGCAUUACUAGCCAUACCCCACUAGUGCUUUCAGUUUUCAUAUCCUAUACAAUAUUGUACUAUGUCACAUCCUUUUUGUUUGCAUAAAAUUCUGAGAAUUUGAAUCAAUAUAUACAUACUGCUAUUUGGUUUAUGAAUAUAUUGUGCAUUAAUCUGAAAAAGAAACUAUUCUUUUGGUCGCUCCAUUUCAGACUUUUCAGCAACAAGCAACUUAACACUCCUUGGAAAAGCUCCUUUUACAACCUCCCAGCUGCAUCAGUUUCAAUAAUAUGCAAGUACAUAAUGGCCUCCAUGCCUGUUCCUCCCCAGCUACUCGUACCCUUGGUCAAAUAAUCCAUCUCCAGCUCGCCUUCUUCAUUCCCCAUCUGUUCCCGGUGUAAGAGAAUAGCUGAGAAGAAAUGGAGGUGCUCAAGGAAUGUAGCUCGGUAUCAAAAGUAUUUGGAGCACCAUUCCCACAAAAGCAGACCCCAUUCAAGAAAGCCUGUUGAAAUUACACCACAACGACAUGCUUGUCCCCCUUAUGGGGUCAAAUCAAUACGUUAUAAGAAGAAAGAUUGGAAUAUCAAUCUUAUCAAUUGAUUGCAAAUGCUAUUAGUGGUUCUUCCUCCUUCCUAUCUCAUCUAUAUAUAAGAGUUGCUUGAUUCACCCCAUCUUUAAUAGGACUGAUGGUCGUUUUUUCAACAUCUCUUUUUAUUUUAUUCUUCUAAUGUAAUGCUAUAAGUCAUCUUAGCUAAACUCCUUCAUACUCGUCAAUCAAUAUCAACCAAAUGUCAUGACUACUUAGGCUUGGUUUACUUUGGUUUGAAUGUAAACAGCAGCACCUCCCAAACCUUUCAAUGAUCACUCUCUUCAAAUCCCAUCUGUGCAACUCUCUACUCCUUACUGUGACGAAACCAGGUGCAUUGAGUAGUUAUGGCAAGGAAACAGGACUGGCACCAUCCCUGUCGUUGCUUGUAACCAGCAACAUUUGCAGCAACUCAUCUCCUGGAAAUGGGAUUCAACAAUAACCACAUGA